AUGAAGGACAGUGAACCGAAAAAUAUUGCUUUAUUUUCAAAAAGUAAACAAAAUAUGAAGUCUAUCGAUGAGCCACUGCCUUGGAUGAAAAUAGCUAUCAAAAUUAUAAAUUUGCACAAGCGUAAUAAACUGCAUAAUAUAAUUAAAGGUCUUCAUAUGAACGUAUAUAUGGGUCAUAUAACUGUGUUAUUGAGUCCCAAUUUAAUAAACGUAAUUACAAUAUUACAAAUUUUAACCGGCAUGGUUCAAGCUUCUUAUGGUAAAAUAAUUGUACAAGGAACAAACGUUCUACAAUACUCCAAUAAAUUUAAACAACUCCUCGGAUUUUCUAUAGACGUAAAUGCCUUGUUUAACAGUUUGAGUGUUAAGGAACACUUAAUGUUUUUUUCAAUACUCAGGGGAAUGACCGUGAAGAAAGCAAAACAUGAGACUUUUAAUUUAAUUACAUUUUUGAAUUUACAAAACCAAGCAAGUUGCACUCCGGGCAUGUUAUCAUUGGGUAUAAGAAAAAGACUAUGUUUAGCAAUAUCACUUAUUGGAGAUCCAGAGUUUUUAAUACUCAAUCAACCUACUGAACACGUAGACUCGGAAUCAACCAAGCAGUUACGAGAUAAAAUAAUUGUAAUGGUCUUAUAA